AUGUCGGGGAGAAGAAGAAGAAGAAGAAGGCUUGACAUGAUGGCGGACCUCAAGAUGACGGAGAUGUCCUACUUCUCGCCCAUGGGAUACCAGAGAAACACCUGCGGUUACUGCAAGAGAGAAGACGGCAGCGCCAGUUACUAUGCAUCGUCCACCUCCGUCCGCGUCGAGGAGUACGAGCAGCUCAUGAACCGCGGCUGGCGGAGGUCGGGCUCUCUCUACUACAAGCCCAACCUCGCUCGCUCAUGCUGUCCACACUAUACCAUGAGGAUGGACCCAAAGGAGUAUAAACCGCGUAGAGACCAGAAGAAAGCCCUGAACAGAUGGACGUCUUUCGUCCUUGGGCCUGACUACACCCAGGCUGCCGCCAGACUCUGUCCCAGGACAAGACAGUCUCCUCCCACCGCUGUUAUGAUAUACAUGCUCACGAGCAGGUUCAACUUGUUCCUACGCUACCAAACGACAAUACACAAGGAGCACGAGUCACGAUGGAAACACUCUGACUUCAAGCGCUUCUUAUGUUCCGGUCUUAAGCAGAAGACGGUCAAGCAGACGUUCAAGGGCGAAGAUGGCAGCCCGGCUACCGUAGAGCGCAAGCUGGGCUCGUACCACCAGUGCUAUCGUCUUGAUGGGGUGUUGAUUGCCGUUGCCGUGCUGGACUUUCUGCCUCACUCUGUCAGCUCGCUAAGGCUAGCGGCUAGCUAUGAUCCGGACUAUGAGAAGUUUGAGCUAGGCAAGUUGAGUGCGAUGAGAGAGAUUGCGUUGACGCAGGAGAUGCGGUAUCAGCAUUACUACAUGGGCUAUUACAUCCAUUCUUGUCCCAAGAUGCGGUACAAAGGUACCUUCAGGCCGCAGUACCUACAGGACCCCGAGAGCUAUGAGUGGGAACCCCUGGAUGAAGUGUUUGCCCCCAAGCUAGAUAAAAGACGAUACGUCUCGCCUUCCCGCGAUAGAAAGGCUGCAUCCACCUCCGCGGACGCGCCUGAUGUACCCGAUGUAUACGAGGAUAUACCGGAGGAAGAAUCAAUGUCCCUCUUCGACCUACAUAUGCCCGGUGUCUUGACGGUAGAAGAGCUACGGUCCCAGGUAGACCUGGACCACUGGCACCUUCUUAUCCGCGGCAUGCUCGUUGAAAUGACGGACCUGGUUGGAUGGGAGACAUCGAGUAUCAAGAACCCCCAGGCGAUCAAGGGCAUCGUAGCCGAGCUCGCUGCCGCUCUAGGGCCAGAGGUAGUCAAGAACUCUGCCGUCAUCAUGUUCCAGAGCUAG